CAGCUGCAAUCUUCAUUACCAGCUCCGCCCGAGCGGGGCGUCUGUGCGCGCGUGUGUGUAUGUGGGGCUGCGAGCGCGGUGCUGUUUGCAUCUCUCAGGAUGAACGUGCAGCAGCAACGGCAGCAGCAGUAGCCGAUGCUUCUGUGUGUUUGAGCCCCAGUGAUUCCGCACCCAGCCCUCCCCCCCCCCCCCCCAUCAAAUGCAGGUGAUCGCGAGAGUUGUCGGAAGAGAUGUCACAGGAAAGGUUGCGAGCGUACUUGCAAAGGCACAGGAUCGGAUCGCUGUUUGAGGACAUGAUGACGAUGUUGAUCACGGAGACUCCGGAGGAGCCCAUCCCGUGCCUGAUCGAGCACCUGGAAGGCAGGCAACACAAGAGGACGUUCACAGAGGAGUCUCCACGCCGAGACCUGGCUGGAUUUGCUGCUCUCUGGGCCGAAAACAGCCGCCUGCCAGAGAGCAGCCCGAAAGGAAAUCCGUUCAGAACGUACGUGACGCUGUGUGUGGACCACACGAAAAAACCCAGAAAGUCCAAGAGUGAACUGGCCGUGUCCUGCCUAAGUCCUGCCUCUUCAGAAGCCAGACCAAUGUCCCAGUCUCUGGAGCCAUCGUCCUGGGAUUGCAGCGCUGCAAAUGAAGGGGACAUGGCCUUCACUGAGCUGCGGCGUCUUCUGAGAGAGUGCCAGUGGCUGGACAAGACCCUCCGAGAGCACACCUCAGGAAUUAUUGCAGAUGACACCGUUGGAAAGGUGUCUGAUUAUGGCGAGAGGAGGAGGAGCCCCGAGGGGACGACAGCCGAGCCGGGUCCGAGGGUGGCACGGGGACGCCCACCCCGCAGGGGAGGGCGAGUGCAGGACGGGGUGGGGGCGGACCUGCUCGCUGCCGAAGUGUUGCUCCUGCCGACACGCAAGCAGGGAGGCCUCGGGGGGGAGCCCGACGCGCAAGCCCCCAACAUAGGGCAGCGGAGAGUGAACGCAGCCACAGGCGCGUGGGCUCAGCGCGAGCAACACAAACUGCGUCUGGCGGCGAUGUUGGCCGUUCCCCGCGGCCACCGCACGUGGGACGGGGCCCCUCACGACGACGAGGACGACGAGGUGGAGGACGAGGUGACCGAGCACCUGGACGACGCGGUGGAGUUGCUCGAGGAUGAGGAGGAUCUGAGAAGGGAAGGGGUUUUUUCUCCGCGGAGGUCAGUCUUCAGAAUCAGCAGGGGACGCAUGCUUCGCUCAGCUGAACCACAAGCCAAGGUCGGACUCAACAUCUGCUCGCGUUGUGCCAGGCUACAGGGAGUGGAUGACCAAAAAGAAGACGCAGAAACCUCUUUUCCAGGUCCUGCUUCGUUCAUAGAGAAAUCGGUCUCACUUGAGCUUGCGGAGGGCACUCUUAAAGAUACAGAAACACAGCAUCCAACGAGCAGCACACAGUUAUGCCCAGCCAGACCUGUUCCCGUUUCCAAAAGUCAUCUAACCGGCCAAGCCAACUUCGUCCGCUUUGCCCGAGGAGGAGGUGGGGAGGAGAUCCCAACGGGAAUCGCUGCCCGGCCAAAACCCCGAGCCGCAGCUGCCACGCAGCAGCGGCAGCAGCAGCAGCAGCAGCGGCGGCGGCGGCAAACCGCAAGGGUCGAGCAGACAGCAGGCCAAGUCGGCCCCCUUCCCACACUCGCCAGGAGCGCCAGCGAGCCGAGCCGCUUCAUCGCGCAUCCCUGUCGUGAGCCACUCGCCGAGGACGCUCCCGGAAAGUUCCAGCGCAAAGCCGCGGGCGAAGAUGCCCACAGGACAGCAGCAAAGGUAGCAGCAGUGGAUUGUGCCCAGAUCCAUAAAGACCUUCACAGGAAGCCUCCUCGACCCAGGCUUCCAUCAAUACUGGAUAAGAACCACGUGCUCAUUGUAUCGACAUCUUGGCAGCAGAUGCGUGGCACAACUGUGCCUUUCUAUUUUGGCGCUUCCUUUGAGAAAUGGCUGUAGGAUUUUUUUUUAAAAUCUCGUUUUCCUUUUUGUUUUUGAUAUACAAUAACGAAAGGUAAUGUGUGUUAUCUAAUAUGAACAAAUGGCGAAAAUCUCGAAUGAAAUGAGACAAAAUACUCGGUACGCAAUAAGAACAAAUUUGUUUCUGUAAAAAAAUAAGUUACGUAAAAUUGUAGUCUGACAAAAUAUCAUAUGCAUGAUGCAUUAUAAAUGGUAUACUUUACGAACAA